GCCGCCACGCGACCUCCCCCAACUACCCCGCCGCCGCCCGACCUCCCAGGAUCCCCCGCCGCCGCACGAACUCCUGCACGCCCCGCCGCCGCCUACCACAAACGCCGCCGUGGCCGGACCCCGCCUCCUGCAACCCCACAGCAGGCCUCCUCCCGGGACCACCUCCGACUGCACUCCGGCGCGACCUGCAUGCCCUUCCUACGCAAUCUGCCGAGUGUGCUCUGGCGCGCCCCAUCCUUCCUUCCAUCCAUUCGAGCUCCUCUCCACUCCAGAUGCAGUAACGACCCACCACCAUCGUCAGCUGCCACCGCGGGGGACCACGUCCAUCCACCCACUUGGACGUGGGUGCAAGGUCAGGACAGCGCGGGGGGAGCUCGAGAUGCACCACCCGCCGCCGCUCCCCGUGCAGGCUGUUCACCGACGAGCUCCUGCAUUGGUGCCAUCUUCCUGCCCUACUCCAUCUGAACUCUCUCUCUCUCUAUUAUGAUAACACCCUCUAAGACCUUAUUCUGCACACACCACCCACCCCGCACCCCGCCUUCUCCACACAGGAACCCACCCCAUUGCCCACCUUCCCCAGCACCACCCACCCCGCAGCGCCCCACCACCACCCACCUCCGGCGCCCCACCACCCCCACGCCUCCCACCAGGCCGCCGGCAGGCCGCCCAUCCCCAUCCUCGCGACGCCCGCCCGUCCCCAUCCCCUCGUCCACCACAGUCUCCCUCCCCGCGCCCGAUCCAGCAGUGGGCGGACACCUCCCCCAACGACGACUCAGUCUAGAUCGAGGCGGGGGCGGCCACGACUUGCCGCUGACGGGCGCGGCCCGCACGGUCCCAGCUCGAUCUCGUGCCUCCCUCGCGGCCCCCACCCAACGAACUUCUCCCCUGACUGGAUCUGUCACCCUCCUCACCUCCUCCCUCUUCAAGCGGGUGUCGCAACCGGAGAUCUACCCUGUCCAACCGUCCUCCGGCCAUCAGCCCCUCCCUCUUGGUGGUGAUCAUGUCGAGCGCCCCCGCAUCCUAGCGCCUCCCCUGCGGCGGAUCCGUCUGGAUCCAGCCCCGUCGUCCGUGAUCAUGGAGGGAUCCCUCGCCGACCCACCUUCCCUUCUAGCGCUCCCGGCAUCUGCACUCCAUUCGCCCAGCCGGCUCGGCCCCGAGCCCUCACCUUCUCUCCGCAGUGCACACUGGCACGCACGCAGUCCGCCCCCCGACGGCGUGCAGUACGUCCGUCGCGUUGGUGCAGCUUGCUCGCCUGCGUGCAGUACGUCUGUCGCGUUCGUGCAGCUCGCUCGCCUGUGUGCAGUCCGUCACUGGAUGGAUGGAUGGAUUAGUGCAGCUCGGUGGCUCGCCAGGUGCGCUCGGUGGUCGCUGUGGUCUACCGACAAAGCAUGAUGGAGCCGUGCAUCGCCGAUCUGGUUGCUUGUAUCCCACCAGCGAUGUGGGACUAGUCACCUGGUGAAGUUCGCUGGAUACCCCCAUGCAGUUUGUUUUGCCUCUCGAUGUGGUGGUGCCGAGCGGUAAGCCCCUGCCUUGCCGGUGCCCACCGGCAUGUGGGAACUCCUCGUCUGUGGCCUCGGCAGUGUGUUGGGGUUAACUGUGCGGUGCAGAUUUGCACGGCAGUGCGGUGCAGUACAAGCCGGGUGUGCUCCCAAGUACAGGCUGCUCAUUACACAGGUCGGCUGGGUUGUCGGAGCAGUGACGGUGGCUGUGGUGGCAUGCUCCUCCUUAUCCCCCCCCCCCCCCCCCCCCCCAAUGGCCUGUAACGAGCUCCCUCCUCCAACUGUUGCAGUUCGAUUUUUUGUUCAAGCUCACUGAAUUUUGUUUUGUAGUGCACUGUCGAAAUGAAAAAAAUUGUACGUACAAGUUUCCAGGCGCGGCGUCGGGCCGUUUGGUAGGGAGCGGCGUGCAGUUUGCUUGCAUGGACGGGAGCUUCCUGAUCCUGCUCCGACCCAUCUUCUUCCCCCUAGUGCACUGCAGUUGUUCAUCAUUUUCAUCUCGUGGUGUGCCGUUUGCAAAGAUCGUGGUCGUGCAGCUCGUCGUCGGUGUUUUGCGGUUCUGUGCGUGGGGCGGUGCGGUUCUUUUUUUGGGACGCAAAAUUGCAAAAACUGUAGUGUGGUUGGGUGCCCUGCCGUGGUGCAGUUUGUCCAUGGGUCCUCGUUUUUGUGUUUCAAGGAAAAAGUAUGAUGAUUGGGUUGUCGUUCUGUUAAAACACACCGAAACUUUGUUGGCGUAGCUUCAAAAAAGAGAGCAUCAAAAGUAUAACGAACUCCCUGUGUCUCGUUGGCGUAGCUUCAAAAAAGUGCAAAGAAUAUUUUUGACCAGUGAUGAUGAAGUUUUCUGUGUAUGUUGGAAGUUCUCUUCUUUCACAAGUUAACUCUUUUUUGUUUUUGUUUAAGUUUGAUCCAAUGCAGUUCGAUUGGUAUGAUAGAGAGGUUCAUUUUCAUGAAAAAAGGGUUAUUGUAGCCGAUUGAUGCAGCCCACUACACCCAUGUUUUUCAUUUCUUGAAAAAAUAAUUUGUUGUGCAGGACAA